AUGUCCUUCUCAAUAUCUAUAAAUAAGAUAUUUGAUGAUGCAAACCGUUGUGGAUGUGGACGCCUUUAUCGGAUUUGGACGUCUAGAACGGAGGAUUGUUCAGUGAAAAAAGUGAAAAAAAUUCAAGGCUUGUUCGAAGAGAUGGUUGUUUGUCUAUGUGACAGAAAAUAUGGCAUUUCAUUGAUUAGAAGUGUCACUACACAAGCUGACAAAAAUGAAAAGUUUUGGUGUUUCAUUGGCGUAAAUGGUUUGUGGGAUACCAAGACCUCAUAUUCCAUCCUCACACAUUCAAUUUCAAUGGCUUCCAGUUCUUCCUCUAGUAUUAUGGCUUCUCCGGGUGCUAAUGCUAGCAGCUAUGAUGUUUUUCUAAGCUUUAGAGGCGAAGAUACUCGUCAUAAUUUUACAGAUCAUCUUUACGAAAGAUUAAGGACAGCAGGAAUCCUGACUUUUAGGGAUGAAGAAGAAAUUGAAAGAGGUGAAAAGGUGAAGCCGGAGAUUGAGAACGCAAUUAAAGGAUCCAGGGCUUCAAUAGUUGUACUGUCAGAGAACUAUGCAACUUCCACUUGGUGCCUGGACGAGCUUUAUUUGAUUCUCCAACAAAGGAGGGAGGGCGAUCAUUUCGUUCUACCAGUCUUUUAUAAGGUUGAUCCUUCUGAUGUCGGGAAACAACAUAAAACUUUUGCAAUCGAAGUCAAAGCCUCUUCAAGGUGGACAGAUCAGAACGUGAACCUUUGGAAGGAAGCUCUUACGGAGGUUGCUGGUUUGGCCGGCGAGGUUUUGUCCAGGUAUGCCUCUUUGUCCCUUAGCUUGUAA